AUGGCCCCUGUCUGCUGGCAUGCAGCGGCUGUCUUCUUUUCCGUCGUUCUCUCCCUUUUCAUUGUGGAAGUGGCAUCUCUACCUGCUGGCAGCCCAGACUCAUCAUGGUCUGCAGGAUCGAACUUUGUCCCGAUGGACGAGGACGAUUCCAUCACCUCGGCUCAUUCGCGCAAUGGACCUUCCUGGCACCACGCUCCUUCCGGACAGCACGAGGGUUUGCCGCAGCCUUGGCACCACGAUCCGACGGAUCUGCAUCAGCCCGCUUGGGGUGUCAGCGGCUCAGCACCAGUUCUGCCACAUCAGCACGAUCCAGCUUGGGUGCCUGCACCAACCGGACCACUGGACGACCUCGACCAUAUGAUUCUCGACCAUUUGCUGAAUGACGUGUCUGCUGCUGCGCCCCCUUCUGGUCAAGGCAAUACAGCGCGCCUUCUCAAUCACCUGGCUCAGGCUAAGCCAGGCGACAUCCUCCGACAGUCCGGUCACAGGGAAUUUCCACAGGGGCUGCGGUUCGGGAAGCCAACUGCAAAUCCUUCGUCUGAACCUCGUCCGGAUUCACCCGGACAAGCUUCGAGCUCCGGAAGCCCACGCUCACCGCAGACCGAAUCAGAUAGUUUCCGUCAUGGUAUGACGCAUAACAGUCUGCCCGACAAUCCUCUCUCGAAUGCUGAAAGCUCAGGGGCUCCAGCGAUCAUACGUCCUCUGAGCCCCGACCCGCCGCACAGAGGACGAUAUCCGAUUUCGGUGGAGCCACCGAUCAAUCUCCAGAAGAUCGUAGAAACGCCUCCGUCUCUGCCGCCACUGUCUGUAGCAGAGCCCGGCGCUUCAACCUACAGGAGGUAUGCUUACCCGUACGCCGCCUCCGACACAAACUUGCGCAGUGUGAUCAACAAUCGCGUCUUUGAUGGAAAGCUGCAUUGGGUGAAUCCGAUGGAAGUUCGGUCGACUCUGCGGAAGACGCAUUUCCGAGGUGCCAUUAAAGCGAACCGUGUGCUUCCAUACGUCGUCGACCCGAGCACGUCUCCAGCCCACGGUGGGAGCGGCGAAAUCCGUUUGGCGAUCCACAAAGUCCACGUGUUUCCCAAGGGUCAGACUCAUCCAAUCCCCACCAGAACAUACUACACUAUGUGGAGCUACCCUCCGAGGUCGAACUGGAAGCAGCCAGAGAUCAGACAGAUCGGGCUUGGAUAUCUGGAGCCCAAAGACGUCGACCACGUCGAUGGACAUCUCGACUUGAUGGAAAAGUCCAACGAGUAUCGCGAUGCAGUCUUGAGCAGAAUCCAUGUCUAG